CGAUUGUAGUUCACGAUCGUCCUCUGAGUGACGAUCACAAACUAGAACAUCUUCUGAUCUAGCCCGGUCACCAGUCAGUGCUGCUUCAAGAUGAUUACGAUGAAGGAUUUCUAUCUGCGGCCCACGUUCGAUACCGAGGAGGAGGCCAAACUGUGGGAAAAGAUACAGAAAACCGUAACCCACGCUAAGCAGUUCAACAACGACUUUGACCACAUCGUCAUGCACCGGGACCUGUUUGGGACGUUUUUCUUCUACUACCUGCAGGAAAUUAGGCUGAGGAUCAUUCAAAUCUUGAUGGAGUUCACCGUCGUUGAAUGGCGCGAACCCAAGCCUGCAAACGAAGUCCUGGACCACUUUGGGCAACCGGUCAAGCGGAAGGAACCGGUCGGUGAAAAGGAGCUCGUUAUUCCAGAGUACGGCAUUCGCGUCAAGGGAUGGAAGGAGAGAAUUCCGAUGGAGUGCUGCGGAGAGAGCUUCCGGAAUGUGAACAUGCUCAAGCUGCAUUACCAUGCCGUUCACGAGAAGCAUUAUCUGUUUGAGGCCAACACGUGUGAGAUGAAGGCGUCAGUUCUAAAAAUGGUUGUCUUCCGACAUGAGCUCGACGAGUUCGUCCGAAGUGGACUCAAGUGCAACGCGGUUCUGAGCUUCAACCUGCUGAAAAUCCUGCGCAAAAUUAUUGCAAUUAUUAGAUACUAAAUAAAUAUGUGUUUAAGCUAUUUAUAAACGACGAACACAAUAUCAAAUAAAUUAUGACGUUGA